AUGGCUCCGAAAAAGUCGCCGGAGACUAGGAAGCUGCCCUCGCCCGAGGCCUUUGCCAGGUGCAAGGACCGAAUCCUCAGCUGGGCGGCGGUGCAUGCGGUGCACGCCGCGGCCGAAGAGGGGAAGCUGGAGGCUCUCAAGCUGCUCCUGACCUCUGGGGCCGACAAGGAGGCGGAGGACAACGAGGGGCGGACGCCUUUGCUGAGGGCCGCCGCCACUGGGCAGACGGCAGUGGUGGCUCACUUGCUCCGCGAAGGGGCUUGUGCCCGGCACCGGGACAAGCAGGGCUCCAGUGGUCUCACGCUGGCUGCGGAGCACGGCCAUGUGGAGGUGGUGGGGGUGCUGCUCUUGAACGGCACCGUGCCGGAGGACGCGGCCACGGAGGCCUUGUGCGUGGCUUCGCGCUUGGGGCACUUGGAGGUGGUGAAGUACUUGCUGCACCUCGAGAUGAAGGUGGUGCCGACCCCUCCCCUACAAGCGGCCAUCGCCCACGGCCACGUGGAGGUGGUUGAUGCCUUGCUGCUGGCGCGCGCCCAGCUGGACUCCGAGGACUACGAGACCUUGGUGGAGGCGGUCUCACAGGGCCACUUUAUGGUCUUGCACCGGCUCCGGGAGACCAACGAGGUGAGCGGGUCGCCGGCCCUGCACCGCGCGGCCGCAGCGGGCCACGCGCAGGCGGUGCGCGCGCUGCUGGUCUCGGGCGCCUCUGUCAACGCCGUGGAGCCGAACUCCGGCGACACGGCGCUGCACUCUGCCGCCCGCGCAGGGCAGCUGGAGGCAGCCCAGGUGCUGCAGGGCUACUCUGCCGAGCUGAAUGCGCAGAACGCGGCGCGGGAGACCCCGGUGCUCUUGUCGGUGGCCCAUGAGGAGGUGCUGCGUUUCCUGGUGGAGUGCCGCGCGGAUCUCACCUUGGCCGACGAGAACCAGCUGACGCCACUGCUCUUCGCGGCGCGGCAGGGCUACUCCUCCGCCUGCGCGUAUUUGUCCUCGCGGGGCCUGGGCAUCGUCAGCGAGGCAGAUCUCAAUGCGGCUGAGGCGCUGGAAAUCGCCGCGGAGAACCACUUUCCGCAAGUGGUGGAGACUUUGCUCUGGGCGGGUGUGGACCGAGAGAAAGCUCAGGAGAAAGAGCUGUCUACGCUGCACCUUGCGGCGGCUUCAGGGCAGGUGGAGACGGUUCAAUGCUUCUUGCAGGAGGGCGCAGACGUGAACUGCCUCUCCAAGAACGGAGCCACGGCCCUCUACUUCGCCGCAGCCUGGGCCAAGGAGGACGCCUUGUGCGUGCUGCUGGAAGCCAAAGCUGAGGUGAACCUGGCGGAGAAGUCCGGGUGGACGCCGCUGCAUGUGGCGGUGCAACGCUGCCAUCAGCAGAUCAUCCGGGUGCUGCUGGAGGCGGAGGCAGAUCCCAACCAAGCGGACAAGAAGCAGCGCUGCCCUGUCUACUUCGCCGCGCUCAUGGGGAACCUACGUAUUGUGAGGUUUUUGGUCUACAACGGUGCCUCCGCGGACUGCCUGGACUGGCGCGGCUGGACGCCGCUGCACGUGACCUUAGCCCACGGGCACCUGGACACCGCGCGGUGCCUGGUGGACGCCGGCGCCGCGCUGGACCUCACCACGAAGACGGGGUCCACGCCUCUGGCCUUCGCGGCGCUGCACAACAACGUGGCCUGCCUGGAGCUGCUGCUGGAGAACGGCGCGGAGGUGAACCACGCGCUGGGGGAGGGCUAUACCCCGCUGCACCACGCGGCCGAGUUCGGGCUGCUCGAGGUGCUGCGGCGGCUGCUGGGCGCCGCGGCGGAGGUGGAGCGCCGCACCGCGGAGGGCGCCACGGUGCUCUUCAUCGCCGCCCAGGAGGGCCGGCUGCAGUCCUUGCACGCGCUGGCGGAAGCCCGGGCGGACCUGAACGCGCGGAAGCUGCCGCGGCGCCCGGCGGGCCGCACCGAGCUCCGCGAGGCAACCGGCCCGAGUGUGCCGCUGCCGGCAGGGUGCUCGCCACUCUUUGCGGCGGCAGCGCUGAACCAUUUGGAGGUCGUGAAGUACUUGCUGGCCGCAGGCGCUGACAAAGAUCAGCGGGCGAGCUGCAAGAACGCGGGGACUCCGCUGUACAUAGCUUCUUACAAAGGCCACACCGCCAUCGUGAAGAGCCUGCUGAGCCAUAGCGCCUCCACGGACGGCUUUGGCCAAUGGACGCCGUUGCUCGGGGCGGUGGAGAUGGCACACCUGGAUACGCUGCAGGUCUUGUUGGAGGCCCGCGCUCAGCUCGACGAAGUCGAGGGCGUGUCGCCUCUACGGCUAGCAGUGAACAUGGACAACGUCCAGGCGCUUCGGCUGCUGCUGCAAGCAGGAGAUGACAAGGAGGCGAGGGACUCUCACGGAUGGCUGCCGGUGCAUUUGGCCGCCCACCGCGGGUCCCUCAACGUCUUAAGGGCCCUCCUGAAGGAGAAGGCGGACCUGGAGUCGCCCACGUUGCUGGGCGCCACGCCGCUGCACGUGGCCGCCCUGGCGGGGCAGCUGCCGGUGCUGAGGGCCUUGGUGCAGGCCAGAGCGAACUGCCAGGCAAGGAAGCAGGAGGGCUGGACGCCUUUGCUCAGCGCUGUCAGCCAGAACCAGCUGGAGGUAGUGAAGUUCCUGCUGGAGGCGAAAGCGGACACGAACGAAGCGAAGGAGAAUGGCGCCACUGGGGUCUUCCUGGCAGCUUCUUUGAACUACGCGGACGUGCUUGAGACCCUUAUCCUCGCCCGAGCGGAGCUGGACCAAGUGGCACGGAAGCGGGGCGGGCCGAUGCAUGCGGCCGCCAGCAAGGGGCAUUUGGAGGCGAUGCACUACCUGGUGGCGGCUCGCUGCAACGUGAAUUUGCCGCGCCACGACGGUGCCACGCCCCUCUUCUGCGCGGUGAGGACGGGGAACUUUCCUCCGGUGCACCUGCUGCUCGAAGCUGCUGCUGAUGUUGACAGGUGUCAGGAGGAUGGCUUAUUGCCCUUGCACGCCGCCGCAUUGCACAGCGACAUUGAGAUGGCCCGGGUGCAGACGGACUGCAAGAAGGCGAAGGACAAGGGAGGCCGAAACGGCGGCGUGGGGCGUGGGGAGGCGCUUAGCAGCUCAGCGGCUCCGGCCAAUGCGACGCCAGGAAAAGCGGAGCUGAACAUUUGGCUGGCUGUCAGGGAGCUGCAUGGCUCGGCGGUGAAGCUGAGCGAUGAGGAUUUGCAGAGCUUAGGCGAACUGAGCUUUCACGACCAGUUCGAUGCUCUAGAGCAGAUGUUGGCCUCGCACGGCGAAGGGGCGGAGGGGCUCUUCCAACAGCUGGGAUUCCAGGGCUAUCUUCAGCAGCGAGUGCACCGGAAGCUCCACGGCGUCGCCAGCAAGUUCACCUCUGAAGAGCUGCUGGCGCUAGGCAAGCUGAGCUUCAGCGAGCAGUUCCGAUCUCUGGGACUGCCAGGCCCCGAGGAGGAGCGUGCCAUGACCCAAGGCGUCGGAUGGACGUCUUUGGCCCAAUCGGGCGCAGCGGGUACCUGCACCAGCGAGUGCACCGGAACUGCACCCCAUGGUGAUCGCCCUCACCGACCAGGAGCUUGUUUCAGUUGGGCCAGCUCAGCUUCAAUGAGCAGUUUAGCCACCUUGGGGCCGAAGGUGAGAGUCCCUUUGGUGACAUGGGCAGAGAAGGAUAUUUGCGGCAGCGAGUGCACCGCAUGCUGCAAACGGAUGCCGCGCACAUGA